GGAAAUCUUAAUAGUACUGGAUUUGGAAACAACAAUAUGAACACCACCGGAUUUGGAAAUGCCAAUACUACUAGUUUUGGAAACACUAAUACUACUGGGUUUGGAAAUACUGGUGUUACUCCUGGAUUAGGAGGCAGCCCGUUAUCUGCUAGCUCAGGUGGCCUAGGUGGUUUUGGUGCUACUAGCACUGGAUUCGGUGCUACUUCUACCAAUACCGGCUUUGGAAGCAGUACUAACACAUUCGGUGCUGCUAGUAGUGGCCUUGGCAAUGCAUUCGGUAACACUACUGGGUUUGGGGGCGGUACUAGUAGCACUGCAUUUGGCAAUGCAUUCGGCAAUACUACCGGUAUAGGUUUAUCUGGUGCCAAUCAAUCAGCUAACGCAUCAUCCAACAGCAUUAUUAAUUCCUCGCUAAGAAAUACAACCGGAUCUAUUGACGAUGUACACUGUACCAUAGACUACUUGGAAAAGGCGUAUGACAAAAAUAGUCCCAUGUACAAAUUUUCCUAUACUUUUUAUAACUUAAUUGACCCAUCUUCUCCCGCUCCUCAGAAGCCGAGUAACGUCUCUAACGAACUGUGGGCACAGGCAAAUAGCCUCAAUCCAUAUCCUGGCUAUCUAUACCCUGAGAUAAUAUUCGGACACGACGAGCUUUCUUUGCGACUGGAAAAACAAAAGUCGGUUAUUGAUAAGCUAAAAAUAAGCAGAAAGUAUCUGGGAGACAGAUUGAAUGAGCUAAAAGAAGGAGGGAUACUGAAGCUAACAAAUAAACUAGCCAGCAUCAACGAAAAGUACAAUAGUCUGCUGGUGGAGGUGCUGGAGCAGGCAGGGAAGUCGCUUGGGCCAGAAAUAAAAAGCGUAUCGUCGCAGUAUAAUCAGCUAGAGAAAAGGUCUAAUUUACUGGGCGAUGGACUGACUUCGCUCUCAGAGAAUGUACUGGCAUACAAAAGAGAGUUCAUACCAUCAGCACAGGACAAGACACAGGCAAUCCUUGAAGAACAGAGUAGUAUCCUGGAGAACAUGCUGAUCUCAGUGAAGAAAAAACUAUCAGAAUAA